AGCAGUAAACAUCCUUACACGGGUGUAAUCACGAUUCCCUUUUCACUUCUUGUGGCGGGCUCUUAUAUAUUUGUUGAGCUGUGUUUACGAUCCUAUAUAUUUCGUCCCCAUGGACAACUCAGUUGAGGCGACAACUCAGAUCAGCACUGCAGGGUAUGCUGUCGAGAUGAGUUUGGAGGAGAGGUUUGCGAUAAUGAGGAGCAUCGGGUUGGGGAGCACCGACGAGGAAGAGGAGCUUAGGUUGCUACUAGAGAAGAAGGUCGCUCCUAUCUGCUACGUUUGGUGCGAUCCCUCGCCGUCGAUACACAUUGCCCAGGGGAUCAUGAUGGUGCUCAAUGUCAAUAAAAUGGUCAAAGCUGGCUGCAGGGUUAAAAUUUUGAUGGCUGAUUGGUUUGCUCAUAUACACAACAGAUUCGGUGGUGAUAUGAAUGAUAUUCGGACUAUUGGAUGUUACAUGAUUGAGGUAUGGAAAGCAGCAGGCUUGGAGCUUAACCGGGUAGAGUUCAUGUGGUUGUCGGAUGAAAUAAAUCGCCGUUCACAUGAAUACUGGACGCUUGUGAUGGAUGUUGCCAGAAAUAACACUUUGGGGAGGAUGAUAAGGUGCUGGGACAAGACCUUUGAAUAUGCACUCACGUGUGCUGUUGUAUUACUCCCCAAGGCAGACAUAUGGCUGCUAUCCAUGGAUCAUGAUGAGGAUCUUGAGGAGGUUCGCGAGCUAACUAGAGAGUACUGCAAAGACAUGAAGGGUGAAAAUCGACCUAUUAUUCUGUCCCACAAUAAGCUCCCCAAUUUAAUAGAAGACCAUGAAUUUGGUAAUAUAGGAGAUCCAGCUUGGACCAUCUUCAUGGAAGAUGGGGAGCAAAAUCUGAGUGAUGAUCACAUGGGUACUCCGGGAUAUCCUAGGAUAACACUGGAUUCUCCAGGUGCCCUGACAAUGUAA